UAAAGUCAGCUGUGCUUUGACAAACAUUUAUACCGGCCAGUUGUAAAUAUUUGGGCAAUUGUAUAAUUUCACAAUUUAUCCAGCAAUUUAAAUAGAUUUUCUUUCCAAAAAUGAAUCCACAAGAACCACAAAGACCCCAGCAUCCAUUGGCCAAUUAUCAAUUCACCGCCGAUGAGUUGCGCGUUUUUAGAGAAUGCAAUACGGAAUCAUUCUUCCAACGAUCACUUCCUCUGGGAACAACAUUUGGUGUGGCAGCCUUUUUGGGUGUGAAACAGGGUAUGCUCUCACCUAAUGUUAGAUAUGGAGCUGCGCCCAAAGUUGUUGUAGGUGUUAUUGUGGGCUACUUUUUGGGCAAAUUCAGUUAUCAGCAAAAGUGUGCUGAAAAGAUCAUGGCUCUACCCAACUCAAGACUGGGAGAAAUUUUGCGCCAAAGACAGCAACAACGAGGAGGUGGAUUCUUAAAUCCAGAUCAAAGUAUUGGUAUGGGUAUGACUUUGGGUCCGUUUACACCCAAUGCCAACGAUGUUUAUAGUGAUGAACAUUUGCAUCCGGAUAGUAAGGGCAAUGCUCUGAACCUGGACACAGAAUCAAGGCCACAAUUCGCCGGCCUAGAUGAUAUUUACAGGCCCAACUUGGAUAGUCCUGUCAACACUCAUAUUGAUGCCGACAUACCACUCGAACCUUUAAAGCCGGGUAUGACCUAUGAAGAAUUGCGUAAACGCAAUCGUGAGGAUUAUUUGAAGAAACAACAAAAUCCCUAUUCUCAGCCUUUACCACCAGAAGCCCCAGUGGUUAUGAGGGCUUCACCCCAGCGUCCGCCACCAGCAAUGCAAGAUGAUAGAUCUACAAAGAAUAUGCAAACAAACAAAUAUGGUGAUGCUUGGUCGGAAUAAAGAGUUAUAUGACCUUUACUAAAGGUUGAAACAUUAUUUUUCGAAAUUUUUUUAAAGUGAUGUACUUCAUUUGUUAUAUGCUUUUAUUAUUGUUAAAUACAAAAGUAUUAAAAUUUAAAAAAUGGAGUGAAGAUAUUCUUCUUGAA